UAAAACAAAACGUAUACUUCUAUAAGCGAUUUCAUUCAGUGAGCAGGUGAAAGCAUCACGUCUACUGAGUUCGGCAGCUCAUAACGGAUACGUAAAGGGUUUCUAUACUAACAAAGAAAUACACAGAAAAAAACGAUGAGUCGAAGAAAACAGGGAAACGUGUUUUCCACACAAAAGAGCGGCGACAACCCAGUACAAGGAGAAGGGUAUUAUGCGCGAGAAAAUCCCGCGUUCACUUAUGACACAAUCUCAGACAUAGGGUUUGUUAAACCAGUGGAUGAGGAUGCUGCCAGCGGAAGUACUACCGGAAGUGCUACAGACACAAACAGCAGUGGCGUUUAUAGUAUAGAGGACAAAACAGACUCGUCAAACGACAGCAAAUUAACAGGAAAAGGCAACAAGGAUGAAAAUAAGAAAGACGACUCCUCUAAAGUUGAAAUGAAAAAAUCCUUAAAUCUCUUUCAUUGCGUGGCCAUUAUGGUUGCUGUCACUGGUCAUUCCUCUGUCUUUAUAUCUCCCUCGAACAUUCUUAGAGCCACUGGGUCAGUCGGAGGCUCAUUGAUAGUAUGGUUGAUUGGGGGACUCAUCAACAUGAUGUUGGCACUUUGUUUCGCUGAAUUGGGGACAAUGUUUCCACAGGCGGGUGGUCCCUAUGCCUAUGUAAUGCACACAUUUGGACCUUUACCGGGAUUUUUAAUUAUGUGGGGCUAUGUGGUGCUCGUAGCUGGUCCCUUUUGGGCGUUCCUGGCUUACACAGCCGCGCUCUACAUCGUCCAGCCGGUGUAUCCGGACUGCGAUGCCCCAGACGGUGGCGUGAAGCUUUUGGCUGGCUGGAUUAUGAUUACGAUGGUUAUACUAAACUGUGUCUAUAUGAAGUACGUCGUGAAGAUACAAUCCCUCCUCUCCAGUACCAAGAUCAUCGCAUUAGCAAUUAUCGUCGUCGCCGGGAUCAUACAAUUGGCUAAAGGCGAAACAGAAAAUUUUCAGAACAUAUUUGAGGGAACUUCAAACGAUCCGGGACAGAUCGGCCUGGCAGUGCUUUACUCUGCCUUCUCAUACGGGGGCUGGCAAGUUAUGACGAGUAUGAUGGAGGAGGUGAAGAAGCCCGGCAGAGAUCUACCUCGUUCUGUCUACAUCACCUUCAUCAUCGUCAUUAUCAAGUACAUCAUGACCAAUGUGGCGUACUUCACUUUGCUUAGUCCUUCGGAAAUCCUCGGGUCUCAAGCAGUAGCACUAUCGUUUAUGCAGCGUGUGUACAGUCCACUCAGCGCUGUCAUAUCCGCAUUCGUGGCCACCACGUCGAUCGGAGCACUCAAUGCCUCGAUCAUGGGUCACUCCAGAUUGUUGUUCGCUGGAUCUCGUGUUGGACACAUGCCAGCUAUCUUGGGGAUGAUCAGCCAUAAGUACCUAACGCCGUGGCCAUCCAUUCUUGUCCUUCUGACGUGGGGAUUGGUGAUGUUGUACACAGGGGGCGUUAUUGAUAUGAUGGAUUUUAUCGGUCUCUACUCCACAACGAUGGGAAUUGCUGUCGUGUUGUCACUUCUCUACCUCAGGUACACAAAACCGGACGACCACCGACCAUACCAGACGAUGUUCUUCGUGCCUCUUGUCAUGCUGGUUGUCAACAUAGCAGUUUUGGUACUCGCUAUCUACCAGAAACCUCAGAAGAUGGGUAUAGGUCUAGGUAUCCUAUUCUCGGGCAUCCCCCUCUACUGGUUUGGUGUCCUAUGGGAGCCUAAACCGAAAUGUUUCCGGGAUUUUAUUGGAGGAUGGACUAUAGUUGCCCAAAAACUUUUUAUGAUUGGAAAGACUUCUUCGUGAUCAUGUCCAUGCCAACUCCUCGUGGUGAUCUCAGAAAACCAAAGGAUGAUCUCAUCGUUCAAAAACACAUUGUGAUCAUAAAUAUGUAAUCAUUGUGAGGAUCUCACUCAUUACGGAGAAAAUCUCGUAGUGAUCACGCUAUUGAGAAAAUCUAAGUGAUCACGCUAUAGAGAAAAUCUAAUAGUGAUCUCGCUAUUGAGAAUAUCUCGUUAUUGAGAAAAUCUAGUAGUGAUCUCGUUAUUGAGAAAUUCUCAUUAUUGAGCAAAUCUAAUAGUGAUCUCGCUAUUGAGAAAAUCUAGUAGUAAUCGUGUUAUUGAGAAAAUCUCGUUAUUGAGAAAAUCUAAUAGUGAUCGUGUUAUUGAGAAAAUCUAAUAGUGACCUCGCUAUUGAGAAAAUCUAAUAGUGAUCUCGUUAUUAAGAAAAUAUCUAGUUAUCUAGUCAAUGAGAAACAUCGUUGUGAUAUGGUCAUUGAAAAAAAUAAUUCACUGUGAUCUUUAGUGAGAAAAUCUUUAUGCGCUCUAUUCGUUGAUGAAUCAGUUGGUAUUACCGCCAUUUUGAAAAAUAUUGCAGUUGAAACUCUUCAUUAGGCUACGAUAGCACCGCUAGAGACAAACGUCUUGAUCACGUUGACUGUGAUAAAGCCUGAAGUAACAAAGACUAUGAUUGGAUAAACAUUUCACUCUGUAGACAUUCAACAUAUCCUAGUCACGGCGAUUGUCUAUGUUUUUGAUAUCAAACUACCCUGAAGGUAUAAUCAGUCCUAAGAUUAGGGGACCCAUAUGUUGAUGGUGAAAUUUUCUCCAAAUAUUAAUUCCAGCUUCUAAAAUUCAAGACAGUGUCCUUGACAAGAUCGGCAUCUUCAAAAACUUAUAUACAUAUAUCAGUAGAGUAAUGUAGUUUAUAUGUAUUGUCUUGAAGGUAUCUAAAGCAAAAUUGAUUUUGUCCAACCUUAUACCUGGUCGAGUUUCACGCCGAUAUCUCAGCAUAGUAACAACCAGCACGAAGAAACAAAUUAUAUAAUUACAUAAUAUAUUAUGAUAAUCAGUCAUUCAUUAAGUAGGACAUUCGCUUAUUAGCUUGAAUGACUUUCAUGUUAUAUAAUGUUCGACCUAAGAUUUUUUUGCGAUAUCUUGUCACAGCGAUCGGUCGCGAUUUAUAUGGGUUUGAUAAAGUUUUAUACAGCAAAAACAUAAUAUCGCUUCAGACAUUAAUAAAAUUAUCGGAAGCGAGUCGUACCACAACGCGCAUAUUUUAAUUAAUUACGAAAGUAAUAUAUCUAAUAUAUAUAUGAGAAGAUGAUAAAACCAUAUUAUUCUCUCUAAACUAGGUAUGGCUUACAGCACUAUAUAUCAUAUCUAAACUAGGGAUGGUUUAUAAUACUACAUUAUAACUAAACUAGGGAUGGUUUAUAAUACUAUAUUAUAACUAAACUAGGGAUGGUUUAUAAUACUAUAUUAUAACUAAACUAGGGAUGGUUUAUAAUACUAUAUUAUAACUGAACUAGGGAUGGUUUAUAAUACUAUAUUAUAACUAAGCUAGGGAUGUUCGAUACUAUUAUCAAGUCUAACCUGAAAAUGGGAUGCCUUAUGAUACAUUGUUAAGGAAUUAGUGUCCAGUUCUCUCCGACCAAGGUGGUCAUUGUUUAAAAGCUGUUGUUAAAGUUACGGUUAAUUUACAAUGUUAGAAAUAUAUUAUUUUAUGUUAUACGAUGAUUUUAUUUUGAAUAAAUCUCAUACAUAUAUUUUA